AUGGUUCUUCAGCCUCUCGAAUUCGCCGAUUGUUUAGCAGAUAGUCCAUGGUUUAGGCAGAAUCUUCACGAACAUGAAGUUAUUUUAGAGGAAACACAUAAAAAUAUUAAAACUAUCGAGCUUUUAUGUCGCGAUUUGGUUCAGUGUACUCGAAAAUUAUCGGCAGUACAACGCGCUUUCGCCAAGUCUUUAAAAGAAUUCAAAUUUACUGUUGUUGGGAAUAAUCAAACCGAUGAUGAACGUAAAAUAAGUGAAUGUCUAAGCAAAUUUGCUGAUUUUGUAAAUCAGAUUGAAGAUCAUCGUGAGAAAAUCGUAGAAGAUUCAGAGACCCACUAUAUUGAACCUUUAAAGAAAUUUAGAAUCGAUGUUGUUGGUCGGGUAUUGCAUGAAGAUAAAAAGAGAUAUGAAAAAGAAUCGAAUAAAUUUUAUGCAUCCCUCGAAAAACAUCUUCAUCUUUCCACAGCACGAAAAAAUGAUUUCAAGGAAGCAGACGCACAACUUGAUAUACAACAACGAAAUUUUUGGAAGUCUUCAUUAGAUUAUGUCACAGCUAUUCAGUCUGCUCAGGAGCGACUUAAAUUUGAAUUUGUGGAAACACUGAGCUCUUUUUUGUAUAGCUGGUUGACUUUUUAUCACGUUGGUAUGUUUAAUAUAUAUUUUGGUUUUAUAGUUUUUCUCGUCUUUCAAACGCAAAAUUUGUCAUCAGAAAAUCAACCAGGUAGUAAUCUUACUAGUAUCAAGCAAGGCUAUGUUUUCGUUCAAGAAAAAAGCAAAAUCCCCAAAACAAUUGGGCGUGAUGUGCUUUCCAGUCGUUGGACUAUGUAUUAUUGUGUGUACCAGAAAGAAACUCGCAUCUUCACCAUGAUUCCUUCAAAUAGCUCGACAAAAACAGAUAUGCGGGGAGCGUUGGGUCAAUCUGUUUCUUUUAAAGUUAAAUCUUGCACACGUCGUGCAUCGGAUACUAUUGACAAACGCUUUUGUUUUGACAUUUUGGCCGUAAAUCGAACAGAGUCCCUAACUUUGCAAGCACUAUCCGAAGAGGAUCGCAGACAAUGGCUUGAUGCAAUGGAUGGACGAGAGCCGUAUUCUUUUAAAAUUUUAGCUGUUUUGGAUGAUAUGGGGUUCGAUUUUAUUGGCAAAUGUUUAGAAAUAAUUGAACAGAAAGGCAUCUCAGAACAAGGUCUGUAUAGGAAUUGUGGAGUUUCAUCUAAAGUUCAGAAAUUAUUGCAAAGUGGUCUAGAUAAGCGUAAAAUUAUUAGGAAAGCAAGUACUAUAGAUGAUGUUGAAUGGGAAAUAAAGACAGUCUCCAGCGCUGUAAAGACUUAUUUGAGAAAUCUCCCAGAGCCACUUAUGACAUUCGACUUGCACAAUAAUUUUUUAAAUGCAGCGAAAAUGGAUUCUGUGAAGCGUAUUUCUCAUAUACAUUAUUAUGUUUAUCAAUUGCCAAAAAUGCACUUUGCCAUGUUGAAAAUGAUUAUAAUGCACUUAAAAAAAGUGGCAGAUCAUUCAGACGAAAAUUUAAUGACAAUCGGAAAUCUCGGAGUUUGCUUUGGUCCCACGCUAUUGCGGCCUAAGGAAGAAACUAUGGCUGCAAUUAUGGAUAUCAAGUUUUGCAAUGUAGUAGUCGAAGUUCUUAUAACUAAUUGUGAUCUGAAAUGUUUGGAAGAUUAUGCUAAUUAUUAUAAAGCCGGUGUUACUGUUAAUGGGUUAGGAGUAAAUGAAGGCAGCGGACAUUUACUGGAUUUUAGAAUAGAAAACAACAAUAGAAUCAUUGGAAAUAUUAAGAGAGCUCGGCGAGUCAAAACUUUGUACGUUUGUAUAGCUGGUCAUGAUACAGAAUUAUCGUUUCAACCAGGGCAGAUUAUUACUAAUGUCUAUGAAUCGAAGGAAGAGGGAUGGCUGGUUGGAACACUUAAUGGUAAAACGGGUCUUAUUCCGGCAAAUUAUGUCGAGCCACUGCCCUAA